CCUCUGAGCUGGUUGCCAACUGCUGGUAAACACCAACGAAGAAGAACGCCCACGACUUUCCGGUGCUCGUGCUGUCCUGUGAAGACCUUGGGUGAUUUUUAAAUCAUUAUGCGAUAAAAACAGAUUCUAAAGUCUGAAUUACAGUUUGUUUUUUAUCUGACAGCGGCUGUUCAUCCGGGACUCUGAUCCGAGAUGUCUUCUUUGUGGAGCCUGAGGCCGCUGCUGACGUCUCUGUUAGAAGCCUCCCAGCAUGCCUCAGCCUGGACGGCGCCCCUCCUCUCCAGGACGAUGGCCACCCUGAACCAGAUGCACCGGCAGGGGAAACCCAAACAGCCCCCUAAAUCCCUCGGCGCCACGUUCGGACGCCCCCAGCUGAAGGCGUUGGUCCUGAAGACCAUGAUCAGAAAACCUAAGAAGCCCAACUCUGCGAACAGGAAGUGUGCUCGAGUGCGUCUGUCCAACGGGAAGGAGGCGGUGGUGUUCAUCCCCGGCGAGGGACACAACCUGCAGGAGCACAAUGUGGUGCUGGUGGAGGGCGGGAGGACGCAGGAUCUGCCCGGAGUCAAACUCAAAGUGGUGCGAGGGAAAUAUGACUGUGCCCACGUGGUGAAGAAGAAGCAGUAGAGAGGAGGAGGAAGAGUGUUUAAUAAAUGUGUGUUAUUCUUA